CGUUUCCAAACGCCCAGCGAGUCCAAAGACUCCAAACAUGAUCCUGAAGGUUCUGUCUCUCUCCCUGCACUACGAUCGUAAUAAAACAUUAAAACUCUUUAGCUUCUCUGUUUCUUACAUUUCCACGUGGAAAGGAGUUCAAACUAGAGAGAAAGCUUGGAGUUGCAGACAGCAAUGGCGGAUGGCGAAGCAGUGAGCAACAAGCAGGUGAUUUUCAGAGACUACGUCUCCGGCUUUCCUAAAGAAUCGGACAUGUGCGUGACCACUUCCACAAUCAGCCCCAAGGUUCCAGAAGGUUCCGAGGCCGUUUUGGUUAAGAAUCUCUACUUGUCUUGCGAUCCCUACAUGCGCAGCCGUAUGAGGAACAUUCAAGGCAGCUAUGUGGAGCCAUUCAAGCCCGGUUCUCCUAUAACUGGAUACGGCGUGGCAAAAGUUUUGGACUCUCGUCAUCCCGACUUCAAGAAGGGUGACUUGGUUUGGGGAAUUACUGGAUGGGAAGAGUACAGUCUCAUUACAACAAACGAGCUACUGUUCAAAAUUCAGCACACUGAUGUGCCGCUCUCUUACUAUACUGGAAUUCUUGGUAUGCCUGGUAUGACCGCUUAUGCUGGUUUUUAUGAAAUAUGCUCUCCUAAGAAAGGAGAGUAUGUCUUCAUUUCUGCGGCAUCUGGAGCAGUGGGUCAGCUUGUUGGGCAGUUUGCGAAGUUGUUAGGCUGCUAUGUUGUUGGAAGUGCUGGAACCAAGGAAAAGGUUGAUCUGUUGAAGAACAAGUUUGGUUUUGAUGAGGCUUUCAACUAUAAAGAAGAGCAGGAUUUGGAAGCUUGUUUGAAAAGGUACUUCCCUGAAGGCAUUGAUAUCUACUUUGAGAAUGUAGGGGGAAAGAUGCUUGAUGCAGUGCUAGUUAACAUGAGACUCCAUGGCCGCAUUGCAGCCUGCGGGAUGAUCUCACAGUACAACCUUGAGGAGCCUGAGGGUGUUCGCAACUUAUUCACCAUUGUCACAAAGCGGAUCCGCAUGGAAGGGUUUAUAGUUUUUGAUUACUAUCACCUUUACCCCAAGUUCUUGGACCUGAUUAUGCCUUACAUCAGAGAAGGGAAGAUUGUGUAUGUGGAAGACAUAGCCGAAGGCCUCGAGAAUGCCCCCACAGCUCUCAUCGGGCUCUACUCUGGCCGCAAUGUUGGAAAACAGGUAGUUGUAGUUGCUCGGGAAUGAAUUGCUUGAUUUUACUCUUUUCUGUUCUAGACAAUAUCAUCUAUCUAGAAUAAUCCCAUCACACUUUUAUAAACUAGGAGUCCUUUCAUACUAAGAAUUUAUAUAGAACUCAUAAUAAGUUGAGACUCCUUUCAUGAAUUGGAUUCUUUAAAUUUAAGAGAAGUUUACCUUUUAAUCCCA